AUGAGUCGCAGUCCGGAAAGGAUGUCCUCGUACCGCCGCCACUUUGAGAAUAGCAGCACCAGCAGCGCCUCAUACCACGUGCGGGUGUCCAGCUCAUCUCCACCUCGCCGGCCAGCGCGACCUCGCUCGGCCAGUUGUAGCCGUAUCACUGGCCGGCUGGUCGGGGGUGGAAGCAUGCAUGCAGGCAGAAGGACCUACUCAGCUGUAUAUGAACCUCGCGUGACCAGAAUGUGUGGAAUCUACCUGGGAGCGGGGAUAGAAUCUGCACUGGAUCUGGAUGCCGCGUCUGCAACAAAUCAACAAUUCCUCAGCACUCGAACCAACGAGAGGAAAGAGAUGAUUAUUCUCAAUGAUAGGCUGGCUGCUUACAUCGAGAGAGUGCGGAAUUUGGAACAGGAUAACCGAAUUCUGGAGACUGAAGUUGAGGCAAUGAAGAGUCGUUGUCUGCAUCCACAAGGCUUGAGGACUCUGUAUGAAGAACAACUGAGAGAUCUACGCCGAACAGCUGAUCAAAUGAAAAUCCAACGGGAUGUGGCAAUUGCUGCAAAGGAUGCUAUGACUGGUCAGCUGGAGACAAUGAAGGUCAAAUAUGAAGAAACUGUUGCAGCUCGGAAGAAGGCAGAAGAUGAAAUUGAAGCUUUCCGCCUGGAUGUAGAUGCUGCCACAACAGCACGAAUGGACCUUGAAAAGCAGCUGGAGAACCUUGAAGUUGAACUGGAAUUCCUCCAGAGAGUGCACAAAGAGGAAAUUGAGGAACUAAUGAAACAGAUCCAAAAUGUUAUUGCCAGUGUUGAUAUGACAUACACAAUUCCAGAUCUGGCUACUGCACUUAAAGAUAUUCAACUUCAGUAUGAAGACAUAUCAGCAAAGAAUUUGCAGGAAAUGGAUGAAUGGUAUAAAAGCAAAUUUGUUGAUCUGAAUCACACAUCUGCUAAACGCAUAGAAAAUAUGCGAAUCACAAGACAGCAGCUUGCAGACUGUAAGCGGAAUCUUAAAAACAGCGAGAUGGAACUGGAUUCUCUGAAGGCCCGAAAGGCAGCGCUGGAGACGCAGAAUAAAGAGGCAGUAAAUGAAUAUAAGCGAGAGACUGAAGAAUACCAGAAUAAAAUUGAGAGUUUGCAACAACAGCUGAGUACCACCAAAGAAAAAAUAACUCUCCAUUUACGUGAAUAUCAAGACCUGCUCAAUAUUAAAAUGGCACUGGAGGUUGAAAUUACUACAUACAGGAAGUUGAUUGAAGGAGAGGAUUCUCGCUUGUCAACAUUGAUGGGUGGAAUCUGCAUGAUGGGACAGGAGAAUCUCAGUGCUGUUGAGAACAUUUCCAAGGAACAGGCUGUGGAAGUGACUGAAAGGAAAACAGUAUUUAUCAGAACAGUUAAAACAGAUGAAGACACUUUGCAAAAUGAUAUACAAGAGAGAACCAUUACAAUCUCUGGUGCUGCAGAUUAUCAUGAUGAAAAAUAA